AUGGCUGCCAUUGAAUCUGUUCCAAAAGUUGAAAAUAAUAUUGAAGUUCUCCCUGAAAAAGUUGAGGAAAAGACUGCUGCUGCUAAUUGUGAUGUUUCUCAAGAUGCAACUGGUACCACUGGUGAUGGAGAGAAACAACAAGAUGGUGGUGAGACAAAAGCUGCUCUUGAAUCAGCUAUUGCUCAAAUCAAGAGUAUCUCUGAAGAUCCUAUUGCAUGGAUUUCUGCCCAAAAACCAGCAGUCAUUCAUAAGGUUAACUCAAUUGUCUGUAACUGGAUGGCUGGUUUGAUUAAUGAAGGUUCUGAAACUCCAAUAGUUAAUGUGCCAGGAAAGAACGAAAAUGUUACUAAGAAUCAAUUUCUUACUUUCUUAAAAGAUGGAACUGUUCUUGCUCAUCUUGCUAACAAGAUUUCUCCAGGUUCUGUUGAGACUGUUCAUGAGGGAGAAAAUGCUCAAAGUAAGGAAAAUCAAACUUCUAAUAUUGAAGGAUUCAUUAAAUUUGCCAAGGAAAAGUUUGAGUUACCUGAAAAUCAUGUUUUUAGUGUUGCUGAUAUUCAAGAAAAAGGAAAGGAAGGAUAUCAAGCUGUCUUUAAUACUUUGGCUCGUAUUGGAAUGUCUGUUAAAGAUAAAUUUGAAAAAGAAAGUUUGGAUAUUGAUAGCAUAACUGAGUCAGCCGCCAAAGUUACUCAAAAUAAGAUUUUUGUUACUCUUUUGGGACUUUUUAACCGUGCCAAAGCUGCUUUGAUAGCCAAAAAAUCAGUUGAUGAUAAAGUAUCUGAUACUAAAGAAAAAACAACUCCAGAGGAUGGUUGCGAAAAGGAGGGUGAGGCAGAUGCUAAUACUACUAAGGAAGGAGAAACAACAGGAAAUGAAGUAAAUAAAGAAACAGAAAAAAUAACAACAGAUGAGAUUCAAAAAUCGGAAGUUACUGCCAACUAG